UAAUAAGACAAGGACAUAUGUUUUGGGAAAACAACUCAUCACGUUUCUUAGCCAUUUGAUCGACUUUCAGAUGACCGUGGUUACAUCCUUUCCUGGGAGACGUAAGUCCUCCUUGAUCCCUAGUCCUCCCUUCCACGUGAUCUCUUCUCCACUUCUCCACUCCAUCCACAACACUUCACCAUCAUCGUCAUGCGGACCUUCCUCCUCAUUCUCCUCCUUUCCUGCUUGGCCGUGCCCGUCGCCGAAGCCAAAUGCGCAUUCCCAGCUAUCUUCAACUUCGGCGACUCCAACUCUGACACCGGAGGCUUCUGGGCCGCCUUCCCGGCUCAGCCCGGCCCCUUCGGCAUGACCUACUUCAAGGCUCCCGCCGGCCGGGCCUCCGACGGCCGCCUCGUCAUCGACUUCCUGGCCUCCGCUCUCGGACUCCCGUUCCUGAGUCCGUACCUGAAGUCGAUCGGGUCGAACUUCAGGCACGGCGCCAACUUCGCGACGCUGGCGUCGACGGUGCUCCUUCCUAACACGUCCCUGUUCGUCACCGGCAUCAGCCCCUUCUCGCUGGGGAUUCAACUCAACCAGAUGAAGGAUCUCCGGACUCAAUCCAUCCGCGCCGCCUCCACAAGAAACGAGCAGCUUCCUCCGAGCUCUGUUUUCAGUGAAGCACUUUACACUUUCGACAUCGGCCAGAACGAUUUCACCUCCCAACUCGCAUUGCUGGGGAUCGCCGGAGUGAAGCAGUUCCUCCUCCAAGUCGCGUCUCAGAUCGCGUGGUCCAUCAAGGAGAUUUAUGAGACGGUAGGAGGGCGCACAUUUAUGGUCUUCAACCUCGCUCCCAUCGGCUGCUAUCCGUCUUUCCUAUCACAGCUGCCGCACAAUAGCUCAGAUCUGGACGUCUAUGGCUGCAUAACGUCCUACAACAAUGCCGUCGCCGAUUACAAUGAUCUGCUGAACGAUACUCUCCAGUAUGUGCGAAGCUCGAUGCCGGCUGCCACCAUCGUCUUCGUGGACACCCAUUCUGUGAAACUGGAGCUCUUCCGGAAUCCCAGGAGCCAUGGCCUUCUUCACGGGAUCAGAGCUUGUUGCGGGAGUGGCGGAGGGGCUUACAAUUUUGACACCCGGGUGUUGUGUGGGAACAGCAAGGUGAUCGACGGGAAGACGGUGACUGCGACGGCGUGCGGAAAUCCGGAGAAUUACGUGAGCUGGGACGGGAUCCAUGCGACGGAGGCUGCGAAUAAGAGGGUAGCUUGGAGCGUGCUCAGCGGCGCGUACUUCUAUCCUCGCUUCCCUCUCUCGCAGCUCUGUGACCUGCAGCCAAUAGGUUGAUUAAUAUUCAAUAAAAUCUAUUCGAGAUCGUCAGAAUCUACUGCAGAACUAUUUUUAGAUCUACUUGCGGCGACGGCCGCCAACCAGAGACAUCUUAGUGAUCAUCAGUGUUUGCUUAGUGACACGGCUGUUGCUUUCGAACUCCAAUUGUCCAGAUCAAAGUCAAAAUAAAGCGGAGGCUCAUUUAACUCA